GAUCUGGUCUGGGCCAGGCGCAUCCCUCACCCCGGUGCAGUAGGGUCCCAAAGGGACGGCCAACCCCACAGCCCCCAGAAUGCCCAGCAGAACUGCCCGCUAUGCCCGCUACAGCCCACGGCAGCGGCGCCGGAGGUUGCUGGCCGAUCGCAGUGUGCGUUUCCCCAACGACGUCCUGUUCUUGGACCACAUCCGUCAGGGUGACCUGGAGCAGGUGGGGCGCUUCCUCCGGGCCCGGAAGGUCUCCCUGGACACCAUCCACCCCUCAGGCCUGGCCGCCCUGCAUGAAGCCGUGCUCUCUGGAAACCUGGACUGCGUGAAGCUGCUGGUCAAAUACGGGGCCGACAUUCACCAGCGGGACGAGGUGGGCUGGACACCCCUGCACAUCGCCUGCAGCGACGGGUACCCUGACAUAGCCAGGUACCUCAUCUCCCUGGGGGCAGACAGAGAUGCAGUCAACAACGAUGGCGACCUGCCCUCUGACCUCAUCGACCCGGACUUCAAGGACCUGGUGGAGCUUUUCAAAGGGACCAGGAUGGACUGAGCCAGCCCUGCCCUGGGGUCGCCUCCCUGGAGAAGCCGGCGCUGCCCCCAGGGGCCAGGACCCUGCCCCACACCCAGGACCCCUGCCCCACACCCACCUUUCUGGCCUGGCUUUUUCUCCAGGUG